AUGUCUGCGCAAGUUCCGCUAACCCUCAAGGCUCAACGGUCUUGUCAAUUCUGUGCAAGUCGCAAACAAGGCUGCGAUAGGUUGCUGCCCAACUGUUCUCGCUGCACGUCAGAUAGACAUGCCGUGAAUCGCCAGAAUGAAGCUCCUGCGCCAAGUAAUGACCUGGUGGAAUCACGCGGUUCUUGUUCUCUUGACCUCUCCGCCAAGGCCGAAUCGUUAUUGCUUCGCUUAGCGUGUGAUAGCGGCAGUUCGGCGGCAGAGUAUGGUGGACAUGGCCUAUCUGAGCUAUUGUUCAAAGUACUUGACGCUUUCGAGGUUGACAUUCCGAAUUUGCUGGACAGCUACUUUGCGAGCGUUCAUCGAUGGCUCCCCAUAAUUGAAGAGGAACAUAUCCGUCACAAAUUUGCAGACUUAGAGAACCAUAGUCAUGGCGACGAUGCACGUUUGCUACUGGCUUUCUAUGUUGUCAUCCAAUUUCCAUGCAAUCAUGCAGAUCAUUCCAUGAAUACUCGGCUUUACCGUACCAUAAGACGGCUAUUCAUCAUCGCUCAGUCAUCACUUGGUGUCAAGGAUCUUGAUCUAUUGCAGUACGGGUUAUUGCUUGUGGCUUAUGAAUGUUCACAAGGCCUGGAAUCUGUUUAUACUACAUUGAGUGCAUGCGUAUCACUGGCCCGGAUAAUCGAAACCCAAAGCUACGAAUCCAGUGACCUGAAUUCAAGACACUUGGAAGAAAGGACAUUAUGCGGUUACGCACUGGUAACCUUGGAUCGCUCUACGCAGGCUUCACUAUUGACGCUUUUGCGACUUUCUGAAGAGAAAGCAUUCCUCAAUUGUGAACCAACGUCGAUGACAAUUAGUACCCUCAUGAUACUUCGAAGCAGCCAUGAUAGGAGCAGGAGCGGCCCCAGGGACCCCAAAGACGCCAAUGCAUUGUGGUCCAUAGCACGCAUGAGUCUAGAGAUGUGUCUCUCUGCUUCUGACUUCAUAAGAUACAACGGCAUUGAGAACUUGUCAUUUGUUGGCCUUUGCUGUGUAUGGCGAGCAGUUUUACCCUUAGUGGGCCUCAAGGAGUUUCAAAUUUCAGCCCAAGAGCUGGAGACUCUUAGAAGUGAGCUGGAGCGCUUUAGUAGCUGUUGGGCAAUAGGCGCCACCUUUUUACAACACUUUGAUCAACUAGCUCGCCCAAGAAGCCUUUGAAUACCAAAGCCAAUGGCAGCUGGCGUAGGAGCGACCCGUCUCAGGUGCCUUGACGAAAAAAGAGGCUUCUUUUCGUAUGAUCUUUUGAGCCUUCGUCAGAACAAGCCAACUAACCAUCUUUGCUCGGUAUGACGGACUAGUAGAAAUCUUGGUAUGAAAAGACCCUAUCACAGAGAGUGUGCCAUUGAAACUCUUCUUUGGACUGUUCUGUAUUAAAGACUGUUAUUUUAGUUAUCUAAAGAACGAGCCUAUUCAUAACUUA